AUGACCCAGACCGAGAGCCCCGCGCGGCUGCCGGCGAUCGGCGCGCACGCUGCGACCUCGCCCGACCCUCAGACAACGGCUUCAGUUUCAGAUUCAUGCCUAAUACGUUUAUUUUUUGUUACAGUUCGCAAUGGCUAUUCGUGUGUGCCAGUGGCGCUCGCAGACGGGUUGGACAUCAGGCUGGGAACCGCCGUCACCGACAUCCAGUACGGAGGGCCUGGUGUCACCGUGAAAGCUGUCAGCACUCGAAAUCCAUCCCAACCACAGACUUUCAAAGGUGACGUGGUACUGUGUACGUUGCCUUUGGGUGUGCUGAAGGUAGCCGUAGCGAACAAUGGACAAAACCAACAGAACUUCGUCAAAUUCGAUCCCCCGUUACCCGAUUGGAAGGUCGCAGCCAUCAAACGCCUCGGCUACGGGAACUUGAACAAAGUAGUUCUAUGCUUCGAGCGUACGUUCUGGGACCCGAGUGCAAAUCUCUUCGGCCACGUCGGCACAACCACGGCAAGCAGAGGUGAAUUGUUCCUUUUCUGGAACUUAUACAGCGCUCCGGUUCUGUUGGCCUUGGUGGCGGGGGAAGCGGCUGCUGUGAUGGAAAACGUCACUGAUGACGUCAUCGUCGGCAGGUGCAUCGCCGUACUGAAGAGUAUCUUUGGGCACGCUGCGGUCCCCCAGCCUAAAGAGUGUGUGGUAACCAGAUGGCGUGCAGAUCCAUUCGCUCGUGGCUCAUACAGCUUCGUGGCGGUGGGGUCUUCUGGCACCGACUACGAUCUCCUAGCCGCGCCUGUGCCGGGCUCACCAGGAGAGAAUAGACUGUUUUUUGCUGGUGAACACACAAUGCGGAACUAUCCAGCGACAGUGCACGGCGCGUUCCUCUCCGGUCUUCGCGAAGCAGGUCGUCUAGCAGACCUCCUUCUGCCUCAACCACCAAUCACGAACGCCAGCGUCGCUGCAGCAACGGCAGCGGCCAAUCAGAACUCUUAGUAUAAGCUCAAACAUUGUUCUCGACAGCGGAACAGCUGAUAGAGAACAAUAGUUUUGCCUGGGUAUGGUAGUUGACUGUGUAACUAAGUAAUAUUUUAAUUCAGACUUUUACGAUAAAGUUCCGACUUUAAGGGUAUUUAGUGGAUUUUUUUAGAUCGGCUUAUAGCAAUACGUAUAAUUGCCGCAAUGGAAGGGAGAAUUCGCUUUGCUACAACUCAAAAUUAUUAACUUUCUCUUAAUUUAUUGCAUACUUAUUUUUGCAUUAAACUAGCUCAUAAAUUUGUAAGGUGUUAACAGAAGGGUCAACUACCUACUGAAAGGUUUAGUAAAUUGUCCUAGUUUGAUAAGUUUUUAUUUUGCUUUUGAUCUUAAUAUUAAUUAAACAAACCAGUCGGUUUGACUUAGAAUUUAUAAACCGCUCACAUUACUCACCUGUGUCUGAAAGUAAAAAAUGCAAGCUGAAAUCAACAUUACUACAUUGAAAUAAGGUCGUAAUUAAUGCCUGAGUUUGCAAAUACUCGUCUAUUCGUCCACCACAUAUAAAUUCAAAUGUCCCAAACAGGUGUCUAAUCUCAAUAAACAGAAAACUUAAUAAAUAUUGCGAUAGAUGAAUUUGUAUUAAACAAUAGAAGAACUCUAUUCCACUUAAUUGAAUCUUGAAUUAGCAAUAAUUGUUUGGCAAUUGACGAUUGAAACAAAAACGGUUAAUUAUUCUAGAACAUGAUACUGUAUGAUUUUACUUUUAAACAUAAAAUACGUAGAUAGGCACUUGUUAGUUUUAAGCAAAUUACAUGAAACAUUGACUGUUUAAAAAAUAAUGCGUUUAGUUCGUAAGUAAGAAAAUACGAAAAUUCAUAUCGCUGUUAGACAAUUGACUGUUUUGAUUUAAGAAAUAUAACAAGUAUUGUAGUUGAUAUUACUCGAUAAAAUAAUCUGUAUUGCAUUUAAAUAAAUAGCCAAAAAAAAUUGUUGUUUAAAUUUACAGCGAAUAUUAACAAAAUGAAAUUUCAAAUUGAAUGGCUUUAUGUUAUAAAUGGAUUACAAUUGAAACUGUACAGGGUGGAAUUUAAUUAUUUCCCGUUUUUCGUUCAAUAUUUCUGGAAUUUGUGAUUCCAUAUCAAAUUUUACAUCGCUCUGUGUUAAAACGGUUUGUGUAAAUUUCACCCUUUAAUUUAUGAGCAGAAUUUAGCUCAUGUAUCUAAUUUUAAUAAAGUUUGAAUAGUUUUGUAACAAUAAAAUGUUUGAAGAGUU